AUGGCGACCGAAGAUAACGCUGUCAGUGGACUAACCAUGGCGGACCGGGUUCAAAAAAUCCGCUCUCGCCUUUCCGCUCUUUUUGCUGGGGGUUCUCCUGGAUCCUGCAACAUAGAGAACUCCCAUAAACCCUCACGGCUAUCUCCAGCGGAGAUACGCAUGUAUGCCCCCGGAUCAGGUGGAAGUGUACGCCGUGAACGAAACAUUUCGUCAGGAAGAAGGUCUAUUUCGUCGACUGGCUCCGUGAUAGACAACAACGCGCCGCCAAAUGAUAAUAUACUACCAUUCUCACCCCCCAGUACAGAAUCAGGUGGCCAUAUGACAAACUCACGGGCACAACAUAGAGUUGAGAACCAUAUUCAUAGAGGAGGUGUAUUACUCAAUUGGAUUCAGCGUUCAGUCGAGGCUCACCCUCAUCAACCAAAACACAAGCCAAGUCGUAGCAAAUUGGCAGGGUGGUUGCUCUGCAUGCGGCCGCGGGCGAAAGCCAGAUCGACAAGGAGGAAACUUAUAGACUGCGCCAUUUCAGGGAUCCUUUUAGCCAGUGUGCUAACAACAUGUUCGUCACCAUCCAUUCCCUGCUUCCUGUGCUCAAUUCACAUACUUACUAUAUGCUUAGAUCUUGUCCUUGCCGUCACUUCUUCAGGAAAGAAGUUUGAAUUCCACAUCAUUCUAAUUAUUGCCUUGAUGGCUUGUACAGUAUAUUUCUGCCAUUCGCUCAUCCGAUUGCUGAUGACGGCGAAACGGCGCCAGGUGCGCCGGCGUCGGGUGCAUUAUAACCAACCCACCCGGGACCCUGAUAUGGUCGAGAGCUUCACCCAUAUUGAUCGACCUAUCCCCGUCAUAUUUGCAACUGAUUUGGAGAUGGGCCUCGGAACUGAGGCUGAGGAGGGCGAAAACAAACCUGGCCAAAUCUCCAUUCCACCUCCAGCAUAUGGCCUUUGGAGGGGUAGUGUGAAGAUGGACCCAAGCCGGCUUUACUGGCAACGUAUCGACCCGCAGAAACCCAAUCGUCGCCACUCUCAGAGCAUGGGCGAGCCCCGACCGCCAAGCACAAACCGGCCUCCUAGCUAUAUCUUGGACGAGAGCCAGCCGUCCAUUGUUGUCAAUCUCCAACCCCAAUUACAGAGUACUUCCACAAGUUCAACUACGGUGCCAACCGAGCAAUAA